GAGUCGGGAGGGGCAAGAACGUCUCCCCGGUGCAGUGGAAGAAGACUGCCGGCCAGCCCGGGACUCGGAAUCCGGGGCCAGGGCCUCGGCAGGCGCCCGCUCGUAAGCCGGCAGCGCAGACGCGGACAACCCACUGCUCAGCGGGACACACCUCCGGCCUUGCGCCGGAACGCCGCUUGGACAACAACCUUUCCGCCGAGUGCAGGCCGAGCGCUUUUGGGCGCAGCACGCAGGAACCGGAAGUCAAUGGAGGAAGACCGGACCUACUGACUCAAUUUGGAGAUGAGCGGCCCUACCCUCUUCAUGGCAGGAGAGAGGUGGAGAUGCUUUCUGGCCCCGUCGAGGUCAUCCCUGUUCCGGGUCUUACAUAAUUCCUGCUGUCGGAAAAAAUCCACUACACCUAAGAAAAUUACUCCCAAUGUUACUUUUUGUGAUGAAAAUGCAAAGGAGCCUGAAAAUGCACUUGACAAGCUCUUCUCUUCAGAACAGCAGGCUUCCAUCUUGCAUGUGUUGAAUACAGCAUCUACUAAAGAACUUGAAGCUUUCAGAUUGCUUCGUGGAAGAAGGUCCAUCAAUAUCGUAAAGCACAGAGAAAACUUUGGGCCAUUUCAGAAUUUAGAGAGUUUAAUGAAUGUGCCCUUGUUAAAGUAUAAAAGUACAGUUCAAGUUUGUAACUCCAUACUUUGUCCAAAGACUGGAGGGGAAAAAAGAAAGUUACCGGAAAACCGGUUCCUGAGAAAGCUCCUCAAACCAGACAUAGAAAGAGAAAGACUUAAGGCAGUUAAUAGUAUCAUAUCUAUUGUUUUUGGUACUCGAAGAAUUGCCUGGGCUCACCUCGAUCGUAAAUUGACAGUGCUGGACUGGCAGCAAAGUGACCAUUGGAGUUUAAUGAAGGGAACAUCAUACUCAUCAUCAGUCUACUUAGAAGAGAUUUCCUCGAUCAUUUCAAAGAUGCCUAAAGCAGAUUUCUAUGUUCUGGAAAAAACAGGACUUUCCAUUCAAAACUCAUCUCUGUUUCCAAUACUGCUACAUUUUCAUAUCAUGGAAGCCAUGCUGUAUGCCUUAUUGAAUAAAACUUUUGCCCAGGAAGGGCAGCAUCAGGUGCUGAGCAUGAAUCGAAACGCAGUGGGGAAGCAUUUUGAACUGAUGAUUGGUCACUCCCGGACUAGUGGAAAAGAGCUCGUGAAGCAGUUUCUCUUUGAUUCUGUACUGAAGGCGAAUCCUCGGGUGUUCUUCCCAUCAGAUAAAAUAGUCCGCUAUAGACAGAUGUUUUUAUCUACUGAACUACAAAGAGUAGAAGAGCUUUAUGAUUCAUUAUUACAAGCUGUUGCCUUCUAUGAUUUAGCAGUGUUUGACUCUGAGCCCUAGAAUUCUGAGGUUAAUGUGCUACAGUUAUAUUAAUGUAUAAUUAUUAGCUCUAACGUAACACCAACUGUUGUGAACAUCCAUGUUAUUGGAAAAGAACACAUUUUGAGUGUAUUUUAGAUGUUUAAAUUCUGACUUUUGGCUAUUAAAUGGCUUACACAAUAAGCCAAGACCAAAUCAAUAAACAUUUUAUGAGAUUC